GAAGUAAUGUGGCUAAUGGAAGUCUUUGAUCUACUUUCCAUGUUUUUUUUGUAAUUUAGCAAGCGCAAAACGAAGCUAAACAUGCAGUUUGCUGUUAUUAUCGUUCUGCUCUUUAUUACGAAGUGUUGUGGACUGACAUGCAAGUGUACAUUGUGUCCAUCUCACACGUCGGCGGUCGAGUCCAAUGGAACAUGCGUCACCGAUGGUAUAUGUAUGAUUACUGUGGUGCGAGAACGUGAUGCAAAAACGAAUUUCUUUACCGGGAAAAUAACGCACAACUAUUUUUGCAAGGACAAGAAAGAACUCUACCCACCAGAUAGACCAUUUUUUUGUGAAGUAUCGCAGCGUCUACUUGACGAAUUAAGCGUUUAUUGUUGUAAUGACAGCGACAUGUGUAACACGAAAUACAUUCCUCAACUCGUGCCCAUUGAUAGUUUGCCAGAAAAAUCAAAAGAUGUGCCUGACAACAAUUCCGAGAUUGGGGCCCUCAACUUGAUGAUUCUAAUUUCCAUUCCGAUCGUGUGCAUCUGCAUUCUCUUCCUGGUGGGAUUCUUCAUCUACCAGCAUUACCGCCGCAACCGACCUCACAUCCACGUGGACUCUGAGCCGAACAUGGAAACCAAUCCACUCGUUCCCUGCCAGAACCAGACUAUCAGGGAAAUCUGCGACUCGCACUCAGGAUCGGGAUCAGGUUUACCCAUUCUCGUGCAGAGAACAAUAGCGCGACAGAUUCGACUGUGUGAGAUCAUUGGCAAAGGGAGAUAUGGUGAGGUUUGGCGAGGGACAUGGAGGGGAGAGAAUGUCGCAGUGAAGAUAUUUUCAUCCCGUGAAGAAAGGUCGUGGUUCCGAGAAGCCGAGAUUUAUCAGACUGUCAUGUUGAGACACGAAAAUGUUCUCGGAUUUAUUGCUGCCGAUAACAAAGAUAAUGGCACCUGGACUCAACUGUGGUUGAUAACCGACAACCACGAAAACGGUUCGCUGUUCGACUACCUCAAUCGCCAGCCCGUGUCGCCAAGUAUAAUGAUUCGACUUGCGUUGUCCGCAGUCAGUGGGUUAGCACAUCUGCAUAUGGAAAUACUUGGACAGCAAGGUAAACCGGCGAUAGCUCACCGAGACCUCAAGAGUAAGAACAUUCUCGUCAAGUCCAACAUAACGUGCUGCAUUGCCGAUCUCGGUUUGGCUGUACGACAUGACUCGAAGACGGAUUCUGUUGACAUCGCACCCAACAACCGAGUGGGAACCAAGCGCUACAUGGCUCCAGAAGUGCUCGAUGAGUCGAUCAACAUGAAUCACUUUGAAUCGUUCAAACGAGCCGAUGUGCAUUCGUUCGGACUCGUCUUGUGGGAAAUAGCAAGACGCUGUAAUGUUGGAGGUAUCUAUGAAGACUACCAGCUUCCAUACUACGACCUAGUUCCCUCGGACCCAUCCCUGGAGGACAUGAAGAAAGUGGUCUGUGUUGAAAAACAUCGGCCUGCCAUUCCCAACAGAUGGCAAAGUUUGGAGUCUCUACAUGUGAUGGCCAAACUAAUGAAGGAAUGCUGGUACCCGAAUGCUGCAGCUCGACUCACCGCACUGAGAAUACGAAAGACCUUGGCAAGUCUAUCUAGCCAAGAAGACAUUAAAGUGUGAAGAUGACUGAAGGAGUUCGUGCCAAUUGUUAUUUAUUAUAUUUGUGUCCGUGAUGCAGUACCUGAAAUAUGUCGACAGAGGGUGUGUGCCACCUGUUAUCAUAUUUGUGUUGGUAAUACGGUACCUGAAAUACGUCGACAGAGGGGGUGUGUGUCACCUUUUAUCAUAUUUGUGUCAGUGAUACAGUACAUGAAAUAUGUCGACAGAGGGUGUGUGCCACCGUUUAUCAUAUUUGUGUCAGUGAUAUGGUACCUGAAAUAUGUCGACCUGAUAUUUAUCAUAUAAAAAAGGUAUUUGUGUUGUUGAUCCUGUACCUGGACUUAGUAGAGUGUGUGUUCACAGAUCUUUAAUUAUCAUCCAAAAGAUAUUUGUGUUGAUGAUACAGUUCCUGCAGUUAACAUCCAAAAUAUGUUUUAUUGAUGAUACAGUACCUAGAGUUACAUCCAAAAGAUAUUUGUAUUGAUGAUACAGUUCCUGCAAUUAACAUCCAAAAGAUAUUUGUAUUGAUGAUACAGUACCUGCAAUUAACAUCCAAAAGAUAUUUGUAUUGAUGAUACAGUUCCUGCAAUUAACAUCCAAAAGAUAUUUGUAUUGAUGAUACAGUACCUGCAAUUAACAUCCAAAAGAUAUUUGUAUUGAUGAUACAGUACCUGCAAUUAACAUCCAAAAGAUAUUUAUGUUGAUGAUACAGUACCUGCAAUUAAUAUCCAAAAGAUAUUUGUAUUAUUACAGUACCUGAAAUUAUCAUCUAACAGAUAUUUGUAUUGAUAUUGUACCAGGUAUAAGUCAAGGAUGUGGACACAGCCCGUUCUCUAUCAUAUAACAGGUAUCCGAGUCGUUGAUACUGUACCUGGAAUAAGUCACAGGUGUGUUAUUUACCAUAUAACAGGUAUCUGAGUCGGUGAUGCUGUACAUGCGAAAAGCAAAUGUGAUUCCCAUAGACUGAUAACUCAAGCUGAGCUUCCUAAUUUUGUCAAGUGUUGCCAUAGAUACAAAGACGAAGAUUGGAUUUCUUGAAGAGGUGCACCCAUUUUUUAAAUUUUUAUGUGCUGUUUUUAUUUGUGCACAGUACAGAUGUUACACGAUAAAUGUAUGUGUGGAUUCAGCAAUUCUGAACGAAGGAGGUUGUGUGACCCUGCACUCCACUAUUCACUUCUAUAUGUUAUCACGUGGAUUUAGUUAUGGAAUUUAAACAGACUUCUCUUUGAUCUAAUUAUGUAGAAGAUGAAAAAAGAAUGAAUUUUUAUAGGUACAUUAUAAGUGACUGUUUUAUUGGUCUUCGCAAGGCUCUAAAUUCAUUGUUUCUCAAAUUUUAAGACUCCUAAUUAAGACUUGUGGUGUACCUUUUUUUAAACUGCAAUGUGGAAGAUUUGAGACAAACACAGAUAAUGUUUGUGAUUUAUAUCGUCACUUUUGGAAAUGAGGAAUUUUUUAUGUAUAUCUGAAAUAUUAGCGAAAAUAAAAUGGAAGCGAGAACUGCUUAUGAAACGGGCUAGGGAUUUUCUAAGGUAUCUUAACGCUACGAAAUCAUAAAACUAUAGUGACGUAUGACAUCACUACAACACAUGCCAUAGUGAUGUCAUAGCUUACAGUGAUUUUACGAUUUCAUAGCACACGCCAUAGUGACGUCAUAGCUUACGAUGAUUUUACGAUUUCAUAGCGACGUCGUAGCUUACAGUGAUUUUACGAUUUCAUAGCACACACCAUACUGACGUCAUAGCUUAUGAUGAUUUUAUGAUUUCGUAGCGCUAAGAUAGCUUCAAAAAUAUGGACCCUGAUUAUCAGAAAACAUCUUGCACAUUUUAAGCGGCAUUUGCUGACUGUUUCCUGUAAAUUUCUAGCCUUGCUUCACUUUGGCUUCAAAAAGAUGGUAAUAGAAAAUCUGUGCUUAGUAUAUUGUUUGCUUAAUCAACAAAGCUGUUACCGUAACAUACUGAUAAUGGCGAGCUUGAACUGAUCCUGUGUGUCAUUUUACUGUUUGCUUCUUCUUUUAUGUCCUAACAACCAAUUGGUGCAGAGUAUGGUGAUUCUUCAAAUUCUUCUCAAGUUUUUGUUUUAGAUUUGUUUUGUAUGUGUUACAAAAGUGUACUGUUAAUUAGCAUCAUCAUAUCACCGGUAGUUUGAAUGUGAAUGUGCGUUUUUUUGUUUUUGUAAAAAAAAAAUAUUAAAAAAAACAACGUGACAAAGAUCAAGUAUUUUACAAACUACCUCAACCCAAUCCUGCCUUGCGUUUUGUGUCCCUCAUACCAGCGAUGCAAACCCUACAUGUAAGGCCCAAAACACACUGAAGCUGGGUCUGGGUCUAGAGAGUGGUAUAGACAACUUGUAUGGUGUAUUCUGAUGUCUGGGUCUUUAACUGAUAUAUGUUAUCAAUAUAUAUUAAUGCGUUCAUACCUUUAGAUAAUUCACUUCCAUAAACACCAAAAAUAAAUAAGAGGAAUCCACAUUGAGUACCAUAUACCUUUCCUGUUGUGUGUGUGUAGCUCAAGGGUACAGCACUCGCUUGCUGUGAGGUCGGGGAUCGACCCCCAUCGGUGGACCCAUUGGGCUAUUUUUUGUUCCAGCCAGUGCACCACGACUGGUAUAUCAAAUGCCGUGGUAUAUGCUAUCCUGUUGAGAUGGUGCAUAUAAAAGAUCCCUUG